CUUUUAGCGAAAAAGUGACUAGCUUAGUUAAGGUCAAAAAUCCAAGGAUUUUUUAAAAAAGAUACUUUGACAAAUUUUAAGUGGCAGAUGUCACGGUUAUGUUAUAAUGUUAGGCAAUUCAUUGCACAUUUUAAAAAAUGUUUCUAAAUAUAGUUUUCCACAUGUUAAGAGUUUACUGAGAAGCUAUUCUAGGAGAGUAAACAGUAAUGAUGUAUCAUACAAAAGGGUACCUCCAAGGAAAGUAGUUAAAGAUGCCAACAAUUUGGUUUGGCGUGAUCCAAAUUUUGAACUCCUUGCCUCGACUGGAUUUCCAUUAUUUUUACGUGGCCAUAUCGGAGUUGCCUGGUAUGAUUCACAAACUACAGUAAAAACAAAUAAUGAACUUAUUAUGGAACAAAUAGAUGAUAUAAAUGACCCUAGUUACAAGAGUAUGGUAUGUCGUGUACAGAGUUGUCCAACUGUCCUGCGAAAAACUGUGUGUGAUUUAUUUCCAUAUCAUCCCAUAGAAGAGAAUUCUGAGCUAUCUGUAAUUACCAUAACCUUAAAGUCAAAUAUUAAAUACAUGCGAAUCAAUAAAGAACUGGAAACUGAGAAAAUGGCUCAAACAUUUCUGUUAGCUGCUAAAAAUAUUUGUGAUAAAUUGAAAAGUUCUGGUUAUUGGGCAGACUUUAUUAAUCCUUUUUCUGGACGUCCAUAUUUCUCUCCAACAUCACUUAGUGAGUUAUACAAAACGGAUGAAAAAUUUAGAUGUAUGGAUUUUGAAAUUUUUGAGAUAAAAAACUGUAAAAUUAUAUGUAAUGAAAAUGACUCUCAAAACAGAUUUGUAGGUAGUCUUUUCACCAGCGCACCUUGCAAGAAGAAACAUCUAAACUCCAUCUUUACAUGAUUGACAAUGUUAAUUUUAUGAUUUUGGUUUGUGUGUAAUUAAAAUUUGAAAAGUACUGUAAUAUAUUGAAUAUUUCAUUA